AUUGCUGUUAACUGGCAGGUUUAACUGCCUCGGUGCAGUGCUCAUUUAGCCUGGAGACACCACUCCCUCACCUUCCCUCUGUUCUUUCUUCUGAUCCCCCCCCCCCCCCCCACCACCCCUCUUGCUCUCACGCACGUCUGAAUUCUGAAUAGUCUCAGCUGUCAGAUCCCGAGCUCUUGCCUCAUCGGUCAGGAGCUGAAGCGUCCAGCGCAGUGAGGAUCGGUACAAGUUUACUUUCUGAGCAAUGUCAUGUUGACGCGGCCAGCAUGUGGAGAACCACGAUAAUCUACUGCCACGUUAUCUCUCUCACGAGCCAGCUAGUGCGGCCACAGGUGAACAUGCCUCCGCUUGCACCGGGAAACUGCAGCUUGGAGUGCGUUCGGCAGGGGUUCUCAGGGUGUGAGUACUGCAGGAUCAGCAGACAAGAUGUGGAGAUGAGUCUGGGGACGAGGUCUCUGGAGCAGUUUGGGAGUUGUGUCCCGUGGCCAUGCAAGUCGUUGCUUGGUGACGAGGAUGACGCGUGUCAGCAUUACGUUGAGGCCCCGCGUGACUUGAGGGUCGACUUCCUGCCCGACCAGGACCCCAAACACGACACCAUCAUGGUCUCCUGGAGACCCAGCCCCUAUGGCAUCUCCUUCCUGAGGGGCUUCCAGGUGCUGCUGCAGGUCCUGGGAGGAACCCACUCCUCCUGCCAGCUGCUGCUGCUUUCCAGCCGCACCUCCCUCUCCCCCUCCCAUGCACACAGGGUGUUCAGGUCCGACCCCUUCCCAAGGCUGGUUCUGGGGGCUCAGUACGUGGUGACAGUUCUGGCGCUGCCUGUGCCUGAACAGUGGGACCGAUUUUACCAGAGCAAGACCUUCUCUACACGCUCGUGCCCAGAGAAGAUGGGUCUGGACCAGUGCAAGAGAGACUGGUACCCCAGACACAUUGAGGUGCUGCAACAGGGGUGUGAUGUCAUCGUGACCUUUAACCUCGCCCCUCCCAACCUGGACAUCCACCACUACUUCUCCCUGUGCUACGGAGAAGGCCUGAACAGAUACACUGCCAUCAUCCCUAGCCCCAGGAACAGGACUCACCACAGCUACCAGAUCCAGGGCCUGCAGGGGGGACACAACUACACUUGCGAGAUAGCAGCAGAUGAAGUGGACUCGGUCAGAAAGGCCUUCAGCAUUGAGGUGCUGCACAUUCAGACAGACCCCUCCUCCCUGGCAACUGCUUCAGGGUCUCCGGCCCUGCUGCUUCCUGUAGGCCUGGCUCUGUCGGCCAUAUUUGUAGGCCUGCUGUCAGUGCUGAUCAGGAGACGAUCUCGUCUGUGGAUGAAGGCUCUGGACAUGGCGAGGCCAGACACCACACAGCAGCAUCCUGACCGGAGUGGCUCACCAGAGGAAAUUAUAUCACCAGAGGAAGUGACAUCAUUGACCGGCAGCAGGUCGACACCUCCUCGGCUUCUGAUUUGCUACAGCAGCCGGGAUGGCCCCGCCCACGUCAGGGCUGUCAUGCACCUGGGAGCCUUCCUUCAGCAACACAUGGCCACUCAGGUGUGUCUGGACCUGUGGGACUCCCUGAGCGUGUCGGAGGAGGGCAGGGUGGGAUGGCUUAGCCGCCGGCUGCAGGAGAGCGACUACGUCCUGGUGCUGUGCUCCCGAGGGAUGAAGAUACACACACCCCUGUGGGAGGAAGGGGAGGAGAGCAGCUCCUCCUUAGCCGUGGCCCUGAUUGCAGAGGAGCUGGGUCGCACCAGGGCCAAAGGGCAAGACCUGUCCAAGUACAUGGCGGCCAUGUUUGAGUACAGUACUGAGCGUGACGUGCCAGCAGCUCUGGGGCUGCUGAGUGCAUACCGGCUGCCCCGCGACCUGCCGUUGGUCUUCUCCCGCCUGCACCGCCUUGCCCUGCACCGGCCUGGAGCCGCCCUGAUGCUGCCCGGCCUGUCAGAAGAGGGCUAUGCCUCGCUGCCCGCAGGGGCCGCCCUGAGGAACACCAUCCUGGAGGCGGAGCUAGAGCGUAACCUCUUCCUGGAGGCGGGGCUAGAGCGUAACGUCUUCCUGGAGGUGGGGCUAGAGCAGCGGGCUGACAGAGGGGGCGGAGCUACAGCACUACAUACAGAGACUGUGUGAUUAACUAGCAACACACAGAUAUAGACUAGAUCGAUCUAGAGAUGCUAGGCCUAUUUAAUUCCAGUCUCUACUCCAACAAUGGCCCCAACUGCAGUGACAAUUACUGUAAUUCUACCAUGUAGUGUUUGGAGACAGAUAAUCAGAUACAGACUAGAGGGAUAUGCAUCUAUAGAUACACAAAUACAGACUUGAUAGAUCUGAAUUUAAUAGAGCUGUUUAUACAGUGAUGAUUUAUGAAGCCAGUAGGAGAGCAGGAAAUAGAGCAGCCAAUAGGAAUGAAGUUUAUAGAGCAGCCAAUAGGAGAGAAGUUCAAGUUCAAGUCUUUUAUUGUCAGGUACACAGAACAACACAAGGUUAGACUGGGCACUGAAAUUCUUAAGACAAGACAACGCAAGCACCUGGCAUAACAUAACAUAUAAGUACACGGAACACAAUUUACAGUGUAUAUAGAGCAGCCAAUAGCAGUGAAGUGUAUAGAGCAGCCAGUAGCAGUGAACUGUAUAGAGCAGCCAAUAGGGCAGCAGUAUAUAUUUUCAUGCGUAAACAAACCCACCUCACCUCAGAACAACAGUCCUCGUCCUGCUAUUGUAUGUCAUGUAUGUUAUAUUUGCCAUGUAUGCUGUAUGUCAUGUAAUAUGUGCCAUGUAUUUUGUGUAUAUAAUAUAUGUUAUAUGUGCCAUGUAUGUUGUAUGUCAUGUAUGUUGUAUGUCAUAUAUGUUGUAUGUUAUAUGUAUGUUGUAUGUCAUAUAUGUUGUAUGUGUCAUGUGUAUACAGUGGCAAUGUGUCAUGUAUUGUGAACAUUGUAUUCAAAUAGUUUGUGAAGGUGCAGGGAAGAGCCAGUAAAACAUGAUGACAACCAUAUCUACCAAAAAAGGACUGGCAUACAUAACACAGUCAAAUCAACCUGAAUGUGAAAGUGAUUGUAUGUACAUCAUGUAUAUAGUGUAUAUAUAUGAACCACAUUUACAGUUUAUCCCAAAUAUUGUACUCAUGCUGAGCUCUGUUGAAAUCAAAUCUUACACUGUGACUUUAUAUACAUGCAUAAUUUAAUAUAUGAAACAGAUCAGGCACUUUGAGACCGAUCAAUAUAAGCUCUGCAGAUUCAAAUCUCUGUGAUGUGUAGGGUGAUCGCAGAGCUAUUUUUUAGCACGUAUAACAACUGACCUGUUACCAAAUCAAAUCAAAUUUAUUUGUAUAGCCCUUUUUACACGCAAGCAUGUCACAGAGGGCUUCACAUGCGCCCAUA